AUCUUGUGAGACCAUGUCGGCCAACCCCACAAGCUAGCUCAGCUGUUCUGGCGAUGACAUGCUCGCCAUUUCCACUUGAAUAAGCCGACGACGAGGGGUAUCGCUGGCUUAUACGGCGUCGAAUAGGUCCUCCUAAUUCAGAUGCAUCUUGUCCCACAAGCAACAACCUUGGUCUACUUGGAGGGAAGAAGUAUAACGUCUCCAAAGAGCUCUCUGAGAAUUCGCCAUGGCCGCCGACCCUGCAGCAGAACUACCUUUCUUCUUCGGCAGCAUCAGUCGCGCUGACGCUGAGCAGUAUUUGAAGCUGGCCGGCAUGUCAGACGGGCUCUUCUUGCUGCGCCAGUGUUUCCGAAAUCUGGGUGGCUAUGUCCUCUCCAUGGUGUGCAACAUUGAGUUCCACCAUUACACCAUUGAGAAACAGCUUAACAACACCUACUGCAUCGCACGAGGCAAACCCCACUGUGGGCUUUCAGAGCUGUGUGAGUUCUACAGCAAGGACCCUGAUGGGCUGGUGUGUGUUCUGAGGAAACCCUGCUUACGCUCCCCGGAUACAGCGAUCCAAACCGGUGUGUUUGACAGCCUGAAGGAACACAUGUUGAAGGAAUAUGUCAAGCAGACCUGGGGCCUUGAGGGAGAAGCCAUGAAGCAAGCGAUCAUCAGUCAAGCUCCUCAAGUGGAAAGGCUCAUCGCCACUACAGCCCACGAGAGGAUGCCUUGGUAUCACGGGCAAAUCCCCCGACAGGAAAGUGAGAGGCUGCUCUAUCGCGGUAGUCAACCAGACGGCAAGUUUCUCAUUAGAGACCGAGAGGAGCCGAAUACUUUUGCACUCUCUGUCAUGUAUGGAAAAACUAUUUAUCACUAUCAAAUCAUCGAAGGCAAGUCAGGAAAAUAUUCCAUGCCAGGAGGGACACAGUUUGAUACAAUAUGGCAGCUGGUAGAGUACCUGAAGAUGAAAUCUGAUGGCCUGGUGACAUGUCUUGGCGAUGCAUGUGUCAACGGAGCGGCUGGAAAGCUACCCAGUCUUCCAGCAACAAGGAGAAUGGGCCUAAAUAGCUACACACCGACCCCUCGAGGCUCUGUACCUCUGAAUGUGACUUCCAAGGCCGCCCCAGCAGCUGUACCUGCAGAUGAUCUUCUACUUCCAAUGGACUGCGUCGGGUUCAACCCAUAUCAUAAUCCCAACGACAUCAAGAAGUUUAACAUUCGGAGGGACCAGCUGAUGAUCGACGAGGUUGAGCUCGGCUCUGGCAAUUUUGGCUGCGUGAAGAAGGGAGUCCUCAUGGCUGACAGCGGCCAGAUGGAUGUUGCCAUCAAAGUGCUGAAGAGCGACAACGAGGCGCUAGUGAAGGAGGAGAUGAUGAAGGAGGCAGAGAUCAUGCAUCAGCUGAGUAAUCCCUUCAUUGUUCAGAUGCUGGGGCUGUGCAGGGCUGAAAGUCUGAUGCUGGUCAUGGAGAUGGCUGCCGCCGGACCUCUCAACAAGUUUCUUUUCUCAAAUAAAGAUACGGUAACGGUGGAGAACAUUGUCAACCUGAUGCACCAGGUGUCCAUGGGGAUGAAAUAUCUGGAAGAGAAAAACUUUGUGCACAGAGAUUUAGCAGCUCGCAAUGUAUUGCUGGUCAACCAACAGCUUGCUAAAAUCAGUGACUUUGGGCUGUCCAAGGCCCUGGGAGCGGACGACAGCUACUACAAGGCCCGUUCUGCAGGCCCAUGGCCGCUGAAGUGGUACGCGCCAGAAUGUGUCAACUUCCGCAAGUUCUCCAGCAAAAGUGACGUGUGGAGUUUCGGGGUCACCAUGUGGGAAGCCUUCUCAUACGGCGGGAAACCCUACAAGAAAAUGAAACAGGUGGAAGUGAAUAAUAUGAUUGAAAGUGGGAAGCGCUUGGCGUGUCCCGCAAAGUGUCCGGAACGGAUGCAUGAACUGAUGCAAGAAUGCUGGACAUACAAACAUGAGGAGCGCCCCGACUUCAAGAAGGUGGAGGAGUCCAUGAGAUCUUACCAUUAUUCCAUAUCAAACAAGGUUAAACCAGAAGGAUUUGCCUCUGCCGCUGAUCCGAAGAAACCGACAUAAAAAAAAACAAAAGCACAUUCUGUCCCAUGGCUGUACAAUGUAUCCAUUCAGCUGGUCAUUAAACAAGCAAAACAAAGAAGUAUUUAUGAGCCGUGCACACUGCCCAGCCUUAACUCAAGCAGCCAUACAGCUGUACAGGCCUCGAUGACGAUAAGGAAGCAUGCGUAACAUCAGUCGGCUAAAUACGAUACAUCUUUACUGUGUGAUAUCUUACAGUGUGUACUGCGAGUAUUUCUUCCGAUACACUGUAAGAAGUGACUUUGUGCAUGGUCUGUCCUAAA